AUGAUCCACUCCAAGUUGAAGUCCCUGGGGCGAAGCGGGUCCCAGCUCUCCCUGCGACCUGCGGGGCGGACGCCUGAGGCCACCUCAUUGCCCCUGCCAAAUCCUGGCCCCUCCCCCAAGCCCUGCAACCGGAACUGGAAAUGGAAGGGCCUGGCAGCCGUGCUGGUAGGGGCGGUGCUGCUGGGAGCCUGGUGUGCAUUCACCCUGGACACGCGGCAGCUGGACAGGGCGCAGCGUCUGGUCCGCCAGGCCUCCCGUCGCGACAUAGAGGCUGGGGCAGAGGCCGGGAAUUACACGUUCCCGGGCCUCCUCUCCCGUGCGUCUGACUGUGCGCGCAGCUUGGCCCUGCCCCAGGUGGCCCUGUUGUUCCUGGUGCGGGGUCCCAUGCCGCACGAGGUGACCUGGACGGCCUGGCUGGACCAGCUGGCGGGGCUGCUCCCCGCCGCUGUGGCCGAGGAGGGGGCGCUCCCAGCCUGCCCCACCGACCCCACGCCCGGUCUGCACCCCAGCCUGGCCCGGCAGCACCUGUUCACGCUGUACGUGCACUCGCGGAGGGGCGCGUCCCCAGGGUACAGGCCCGGGUCUCUGUUCCACGGCACCGAGCUGGCGCCCGACGACAGGGUGGAGGCGGAGUGGGGCGGGCACAGCCUAGUGACCGCCACCAAGGCGCUGCUGGGCAGGGCGCUGGAGGAGCCGCUGAACGCCAAGUUCCUGCUGGUCAGUGAGACCACGCUGCCCAUGUACAGUCCCCACAUGGUGUAUCGCCAGCUGCUGUCCAGCCCAAAAAGCAGCUUGAAUGCCUGCAACGAGAGCCACUGGUACCGCGCGGCCGACCAGCGGUGGGUGCCCGAGUUCGAGAGCGCCUCGCUCAAGCUGCAUCACUGGCGCAAGUCCUGGCAGUGGUUUGCCCUGAGCCGCGUCCACGCGAGGUUGGUGGUCGCAGAUGUGGAGGUGGAGGCCCAGUUCCAGCAGCACUGCCGCCCCAGCUGGGUGCCGGAGUGGAGGACGUUCCGCGUCUGCUACUCUGACGCCAACUGGGACCGGAGGGCGGACAAGUACUCCCCACACCCAUACGAGUACACUCGAUGGGACAUACGGUUGGGCCUGCUGGCCGCCGUGCGGCGCUCUUCCCUAGCCCAGUGCGCGCACGGCGAGCGGGAGAACCGGGACUGCCCGCUCCUGGCCCGCAAGUUCGGGGAGGGGGUGGUGGCCCAGGCGCUGGCGCUCUUUCUGCGCUGUCACCCCAGCAUCGGCGUGCUGAACGGCGGCGACUGCCGUGACGGAAGGGGGCUGUCCCACCGCCUCGCGAGCGCUGCCCUGCCGUGGGCGGCGGCCGCCGCGGUCUGCUCCGCUGCAGCGCUGCUGUCAGGGGCGAUGGCCCUCCUGCUGCAGGCGCUGUUCCUCCAGCACCUGGCGGAGCACGCGCCGCACGAUGCGCCGCAGGUUUGA